GUAUUGUUCACACAUUUAUUGGAUAAAAAUUCACAUAAGCCGAUCACGCAGUCUUGAAAUCAAGUGUGGCUGCCCUGGGUCAGAUGCGGAAUGGUGUGGCGCAUGCGCGGGCCGGCUACAUGACGCGCGGAGCCUCAUCCAUGUUCCUCAACGCGAACGUCAGGCGCAUUACAAGUGCGACCACCACACGGUGUCCAGGUUGAUUAAGAGUAAGCAAAGGGUAUGCUCAUGGAUGCAGAAUGAACGACGAGGAUGACUAUGAGAAUGGCGCCAGCUCCGCCGAGGACGAGGAUGAGCAGGACGACGGCGAUGUCAUGGAUGUAGAUGAGGAAGAUGAUGCAGAUGAUGCAGACGACGGCGAUGGCGACGGCGACGAUGACGACGCCGAAGGAGAUAAUGACAAUGACGACGAAGACCAAGACCAGGACCAGGAUCAAGAUCAAGAUCAAGACGAGCCAGACAGUCCUUCGCAACAUCCGCGCGGCAGCAUUCAAAAUGGCGGAACACCUGGCAGAGGAGACGGCAAUCCAGCAGUGACAUUCACAUCGCCGAGUCCACAUGCCGCAGCAGCAACAGGUGUUCUGGGCAAUCUGCCCUUCCGCCCCAGCGUGCGACAGGAAGCCUUGAACACACCCAUGUACGACAUCAUCCCUACUAUUGCCGCGCCACACAGUACCUCGAUCAACGCUAUUACUGCAACACCCGACAUGCGAUGGGUCUUCACCGGAGGGUCAGACGGUUAUAUCAGGAAAUUCAACUGGGUAGACACCGCCAACGGGAAGCUUGCUCUCACCGUAGCGCAGCGGCAUCCAUUUGUGGACUCUGUCACCAAAGCAGGUGUCCUGCUAUCUUACUGGGAAAACGAAGACAGUGCAGCCGGCGCGGAGAGUCUGUCGCCAGUCUACUCGCUCGCAGUCCACCACCAGGCUCUCUGGCUGCUCUCAGGUCUGGACUCGGGGGGUAUCAACCUACAAUCGGUGCGACAUCAAGAAGGAACCCGCAUUCAUACACUGAAGAACCAUACAUCGGCAGUGUCGGUCUUGACAUUAUCGCAGGAUGAGACGUCUGUGCUUAGUGGCAGCUGGGACAAGACCAUUAAUGACUGGGAUUUAAAUACUGGUCAGGUCAAGAGGAGAUUCGAAACGAGUGGCGGUCAAAUAUCCGCCAUUGAGCAGCGGCCAAUGUCUACACUGCCCAUACCCCAAGACACUGAAACCCUUCCUCUAGCCAAUGGUACCUUUUCCUCAAAUAAUGCCGCCCGCCCCAGAGCAAACGGAAGCAUCCCCAAUGGCAUCGACACGAAGCCCAUAAUACCCAAAGAGGAAGGUACCGAGGAUGCUCAGGGCUCCCCAGAUGACUCGCUGUUCGGAGACAAGGAUCAGGACUCUCUAUUCGGCGACGGUGGCCAAGAGAACAACCUAUCAGCAACUCUGCCUUCAUUCGGGGACGAUGACGACGAGUUUUCAAGAGCAAUAGCAAACGGCAUACAGCAGGCAGAUGAAGAUGCUAAUGCCGAUUUAGACUUGGUGGACAUGGGCGGCCCUGUCCAAGAACCCCAGGAGCCUACAGGUGAAGAUGUGAAAGAGCCUACCACAGUGACUGAGGCAAUGCCAGACGCAAAUGGCACAGCCGAUUCACAGUCAAAUGGUGCAGCCAACGGACUACCUCACGCAGAGGACAUUGAGCAACCCAUUAACACAUCAGCAAACCAGACUGUGCAGCCGGCAUCAUCCGAGACAACCUUUGUAGAUGCAUCCAUGGACGGCACACUGCGCAUCUGGGACAGGCGGCAGCCGAAUCCCGUCGCACGUAUCACGCCACCGCGCAAUACACCCCCGUGGUGCAUGAAUGCCUGCUGGUCGCCCGACGGCAACUUCAUCUACGCAUGCAGGAGAAACAGUACUGUGGACGAAUACAGCCUCCACAAGAGUCUGCGAGAGCCAAGGCGGACAUUCAGGUUUCCUAGCGUCAGUGGCCCUGUCAGCGCUGUUCGGGCUAUGCCUAAUGGGAAGCAUCUCGUGUGCGCCUCAUACGACAUUCUCCGUCUCUAUGACCUCACGCACGAAGACUCUGGUACCAAGACUGGUGCAGCUGCGACUCCCUUUUUCAUCGUGCCCGGCCAUCGCACAGGCCUCAUUUCCCAGCUCUAUCUCGACCCCAUUUGCAACUUUAUGAUUUCUACGGGCGGCAACAGGGGUUGGGAGGGUGCGUCGACAGAGGUCAUGCUGGGCUAUGAGAUUGGCAUCCCUUCGUAGUAGUAGCCUUGUGUUGCUUGCUCAUGACUUAAUACCCCCCCUCAUGGUUCCCGGCGUUUUGUUUUUCGAUCAACCUUGUUCUAAAGUGAAGGAAGGAGGGGAGCGAGGGAGGGUUGUGUAUGUAGGUGUGAUAUGUGUGUGUGGACACGACAUUGGCGUCAAUGGCUGAGAUGGAGCUAUUAUCAUCUUGUUACUUUGCAUAGUCGUACAUAAUCAAGCGUUUUGAUGUUUGCGAGAAAAAAAAAGAAUGAUAUCUGAGACGAGACGUUCAUCAGAACGUGGCCCGUACGCGCGU